GAUCCCCAACUCCUCGCGCCAUGAACUUUUUUUCCCCGAAAAGCGGCCCAAACCGGCGAGCGCGGUGACGCAUUUUGCAGAAUUCGCGCAAAAUUAGCCCAAAACAACGACGCCGAGCGGGAAAACGCCGGCGGCUUGCGAAAGCCCCAUCAACGCGCUCGGGGACGGGACGGGUUUGAUUCGCGUUAAACGUCGUUUUCGUUUUUAAUAAGCCGAAGUAGUUGACGAACUAACACAGUCCGGCCACCGAGUCCGCGUGACGUUUCUCCGAUUAUUUAUUGUUAAACCUUCUAUAAAUUAAAUGUGCGCCGAAUAAAGUGGCCCUCACAUCGCGGAUCAUAUCCGCACAUUUCAAGAAGUGUUUAUGUGAUGCAUGGGCUUUAGAUCUAAACGAGUAAAACGUUAUAGUAUAUAAAGCAGCAGCCGCUAUGCUGAGGGAUCUGAGAGAAGAGCUCGGCUGUUAGGAAAGUUGCCAGCGACCCAAACACCAGCUUUACCGACCAGAACCCACCGGUACCGUGGUCAGGUCCAUCGUGUCGAUAGGUGCGCGCAUUCCCCGGUGGUUUGCGCGAUGUGGAUCCGUUUGACACGUUAAGACCGGUCGAACCGGGCUGAUGCUUUAAACGCUGGCGCAUUCUUUUGUUAUCUCCCGGUCGUCGGAGAGACGCGCAUCCCGUCGGGUCGUUUCCCCUCGUUUUCGCGCCGUUCGCUCGCAAAGUCGUCGAUUUAGUUCGGGCGGCUGCCGGGCAGACGCGCGGUUUUAUUUCCACCGCUCGCGCUCGUUCUGUUAUUCGCGUUUUUCGGGCUCGACGGUGUUUCGGUCGGAACGCCAUUUUGAAUCUCUCCACUUUAAGGCUUUUCUGCUCCGCAUCUCCCGCAAAACCCCCGUACAGAACUUUUAAUUAGCCCACCGGACAUCUGCGAUCAAACUCGGGCCGAUGAAGCAGAUUAUUAACCCUUUUUUUUGUGUUUAAGUUGGCGCGCGAGUUGGCGGUUGAGCGCUUGGCGGUUUUAACUCGCGCGCGCUCGCAGUUUUCUCUCAGGAAUAAUACUAAAGCGGAAGACUAUUUAUUAUUGUUGAUAUAAUAACUCAUUUGUUAUUUCCGCUAGACAGCCGUGGGCUCUUGAAGACUGUUGUCACGGCGUCUUUUGUGGCAGAUUGUCAACAUAUAGUAGUACUAAUAUGGCAGAUAUGCAUGAUGUCUGACUGUACCGUGUCUGAAUCCCUCUCACGCGUGCUGCCUGUUAAAUACGUCUCUCUUUAAGACUCCUGCAGGGUAGAUGGAGAGCUGCAGCUCUUUGGACACGCCCCCCUCGCCUCCCAUUGGCCGCCGACCGCCGCCUCCUUCCCCUCCUUCAUUGGUAUUCAGGUAGUACAGUCUUUGUGGAGGACAGAGGAGAGAGAGAGGGCGAGCGGGAGAGAUUUACAGAGGUAAAGGCGACGCGAGCACAACAAGACGGGCGAGCGGAGAGGGACUGCCGAGCCGAGGAAGGGAAAGUGAGAGAAAACUGGACCGGCUGCAAGCUGAGGGCGAUUUCGGGGUGGGUGGAAGCGGGUGCGAAAGUGCCACAAGGGUCUGCGGGUUCUGGACGGCGAGUGGGACUUUGGAUUUGAACCCAGCUGGAAUCGAGCGGACCCCACACUGACGGCUCGUCUCGUGUUCCCUCAGCGGAGGACGUCCUGCGGAUACCCCGCCGGCCUUUCCUGGCACUCGUGCGAGGGGUCUCUCUCGCCGUCUGGGAGGCGUGCCGCGCAGACGGACGGACGGACGGACCGCUGGCGUGUGUGUGUGUACGUGUCUCUGCGUGCCAUAUACCCCUAUGUCCUUCUUUUUGUGGCUGUGUGCACACCAGGGCCCAGUAUAUGGAUAGAAGCUCUCUGUUUCAGCUCAUACAAGAGCAGCUGGACCCAGAGCAGACUGGUUUUAUAGCAGUGGAAAAUUUCACCAGUCUAGCCGAGCACCAUGAGUUACAGCUGGACCCCAGUAAACUGGAGAUGCUGCUGGCGCUGGUUCAGAGCAACGAACACGGACACGUCUGCUACCAGGAACUCAUAGAACUGCUGAGCAGUAAACGUUCCAGUAGUUUUCGCCGAGCCAUUGCGAAUGGGCGUCGCACCCUGCAGCGCGAGAUCCUAUUGGAUGAGACGGGUCUGGGCGUGUACAAGCGCUUUGUGCGCUACGUGGCCUACGAGAUUCUGCCGUGCGAGACGGACCGCCGAUGGUACUUCCAUCAGAGCAGACUCUGUCCUCCUCCUGUGUUCAUGGCCAUCAUUACCAUUGUACAGAUCAUAGUGUUUAUGUGCUACGGCGUGAUGCUCAAUAAAUGGGUGCUGCAGACCUACCAGCCAGACUUCAUGAAGAGUCCGCUGGUGUAUCAUCCCAGACACCGCGCGCAAAUCUGGAGGUUCUUCAGCUACAUGUUCAUGCAUGUCGGAUUAGAGCAGUUGGGUUUCAAUGCUCUUCUCCAGCUGAUGAUUGGAGUUCCUCUGGAGAUGGUUCAUGGGAUCCUGAGAAUCAGUCUGCUGUAUAUGGCAGGAGUCGUCGCUGGUUCACUGACGGUGUCCAUCACGGAUAUGCGCGCUCCAGUGGUGGGCGGGUCCGGCGGGGUCUACGCACUCUGCUCGGCACAUCUCGCCAACGUUGUCAUGAACUGGGCUGGUAUGAAGUGUCCAUACAAAUUGCUACGGAUGAUUCUUGCACUUGUUUGCAUGAGUUCGGAGGUGGGCCGUGCCGUAUGGCUGCGCUUCUCCCCGCCCCUCCCCUCCUCCGGACCGCAGCCCAGUUUCAUGGCUCAUCUGUCGGGCGCAGUGGUGGGCAUCAGCAUGGGGCUGCUGAUCUUGCGGAGCUAUGAGGAAUCUCUGCAUAAACAGUGCUCCUGGUGGGUCCUCAUCUUCUCCUUCAUCACCUUCCUCCUCUUCGCCAUCUUCUGGAACAUUUUCGCGUACGAGCUGCUCGGGGUGCAGAUCCCGCCCCCUCCCUGAUGACACGCCCCCUCCCUCCGGUGGCACCCGGCAAGCCACGCCCCAACCCCACCCACCCCACCCCCAGUCAGACAAAGGUUCGACCUCAAUCUACUCCACUCGACCAGCAGCGGAGACACGGACGCAAAAACCGGAAAGUAAGGAUUUCAGUGGUGUGAAACGAAAACGCAUAAUCACAUUCCAUAGAGAAGCAGCGAACACAAACGGCGUGGUAUUUUUAACGAACACUGGGAGGCAGCUCAAGGGUUCGGCGAGCUUAUUUGAACAGACCGUCAGUACGUCAUACACUAGAAACACACACACACACACACACACACAUAUAUAUAUAUAUAUAUAUAUAUCAGAUUUGUUGUGUUUCUCAGCCCGAGGCUCGUUCAUGAUGCCUUUCUGUAUUGUUUUGAUUUGACUGCCUCAUCUAAGCCUGUUAUGCAUUACAGAUAGCAUCCGUAGUAGAUGAAACGCCAGGAAUCUCGCUUACUAAAAACAAAGCCUUACACUUGAAGACACGGCGAAGUCCUCGGUGAGGUAGGGGGUUGAUGGUGAUGUCAUUCGAUGCUGUUUGUUUUUGGAUAAUUACGGAUUGGAUUCGGUGAGACGAGCUAAAGCUUGUUUCAAAGGGUAGAAAGUAUGUUUCUGAAGCUGUUUUCCUCCGCUGGAAACAGACAGAAACUGAAACGUUAGCUCUGUUCCAAAUCAUAGUGGGCUUUCUACGUGGGCAGCGUGUAAUAGGUGUUGCCGCCUUUGCCAAAUAUGAACAAGGAGAAAAAAAAAAAGUCCAGAAUGUAUUGCAACAAGCUCCGAAAAUGUAAAAAAUGUUUAUAAAUAUGCACUACCGUUCAGAAGUAUGCUUUUUUAGAACGUUUUUUAGUAGAAAAAUUCUCUUAUUCUCAUCAAGGCUGCACUUAUUUAAGUACAAAAUACAGUAAAAAUGUAAAAUAUUAUUACGAUUUUAAAAAAAGCUAUUUUCUAUUUGAAUCGUUUUUAAAAUGUAAUUUAUUUAUGUGAUUCAAUGCUGAAUUUUCAGCAUCGCAACUCCACGCGAUCCCUCAGAAAUCAUUUCAAUGAGUGACCCUGGACCACAAAACCAGGCUGGUUUUUGAAAUCGAGAUUCAUGAAUCGCAUUAAUGCUGAAUCAAUCGAUAAAUAAAGCCGAGGGUGCAAAAUACACCUUUAAAGUUGUCCAAACGAAGUCCUUAGCAAUGCUUAUUACUUAUCAGAUAUUCAGUUUUGAUGUAUUUAUGUUAGGAAAUUUCCACGAAAUUCACGAAACAUGAUCUUUAACUAAUGUCGUAAUGCAUAAAAGAAAAAUCUUUGCUCCAGAUAUACCCCUGCGACUUAAGACACAUUUUUUGAUGCCUGAUAUUUGCGUAAACCAUGCAUUCGUUGACGAGUAAGUAAAAAAAACUGCAUUUAUUCAUACUUUCUAAAAGUUUUUACAGUCAACCUUGCUGACUAAAAUGAAUCCGGGCCCCUUUUUGAACUGCUCAAACGUGGACUACCUAAUAUUUUUAUGCUCAUUAGAGUAUUGUUUUGUAAGCACUCUUUUUGUAGAGCGUUUCAAAUCAGGUUCCAUUCCCGUCGCGAUUCAGAAGGGAGCUCACUAGUAAACAAAAAGGGAGCUCACUUGGUUUGGAACAGACUGAAUAUCUGACCCUUCAUCUUGACCUUUCCCCCCGUGAACACACAAACACAAGCCAGUGAGAGAGUGAGGAGUUUACAAGCCACGCACUAAUCAUUACUUCAGUAUCGCUGCGCAGAUUGCAGUUGUUAUGGUAACCGCCGUAACGUGAUUAAAGAUGCUUUCAACACAGAAACGAGCGUCACGACCACCAGUGCCGAAAAUGUGUUUUCCUCUGCCUGCGUUUUCAGCGAAGGCUGCCCUAACGCAAUACGAAAAAAGACGAGCCGAAAUCUUCCAGACAGAAAACGAGUGUUUCAUGACCCUUAACUCCAAGACAAAGCAAUUAUCACGAAAUUCAGUAGUGCCAAGUUAUCAUUCGCUAAGCUGCUAAAAGAUAAUUAAAGGGAAUUAAUUGAAUUGCUAAAGGAAAGAUGUGUAUGAGAUUGCUGUUCUGAGUUGAUUUCUUUUCAUUUUCGAAAAGCUGGACCGUGUGUCAGUUUAACGUUGUGGAUUUUUAUGCCAUAGUCUUACAUUUCUAUAUUUAUUCAGAGCGGCUAUCGGUGUUAAACUGAUGAUGAUGAUGAUGAUGCAAAACCCGAAAUGAAACGCAUUUACACCCACGGAAGCAGAAAGGGCUGGAAGCAAAGAAAAGAAUAUUAACGAUACAAAUGUUUAAUUAAUAAAUUCAGCUGUGCCCAAAGGUCGUGCUUAUGUAACGAAACGCAUUAAUGCUUUCCAGGGAACAUGUAAGUUAUUUGAAUAUUUUAAAGUCAGCAUGAAACGGCACUCGAGACCCGUCUCGCCGCCGCAAUGUGACGCUUUUCGCGGGACGUUUGGGUGAACUGGCAAAAAAAAAAAAAAACUAAAGCUAAUAGGUGCGAACGCAUUUCAGUAGUAAUGAAAUAAAAAAAAAAAUUAAAAAGGUAAUGUCACGUUUUGGUUUCAGGUUGACUUUAAAACGUUCUGAUCCAGCAUCCGAGAACAGUGUCAUUCAUCGGGUUCCUGUAAUAUCUAGCUGGCUGGCGCUUUUAGACAGGUGAAAAAUGAAACUCUGAUGAAUAUUUAUCAGACACGCGUAUAAACAGUGAGAAAGAGAGAGAGAUGUCAUAAAAAGCUAAAAACCGUAUUGGGAUAGGUGAUAAAAGAAAAUGAGGUGAGGAAGACGGGACAAAUAGCUGAUAAAAUGAAGGAAAAUGGAGAGAGCAGUGGAUGAUGGAUGUAUUAUUAUUUUUUGAACACUCAUCAAAUGGAUGCUGGAAGCUGUGUGUGUGUGUGUGUGUGUGUGUGUGUGUGUGUGUGUGUGUGAAACAUGCUGUAAUGUGUUGUAUGAUUAUUAUUAUUUCAGACUGUUAUAAACACACGUACUGUAGUCUGUGUGUGUACUUCAGUGGUACGGGAGUGUGGGAAACACUGAACCUCCGGCUCAAACAGUUGGGUUGUGUUUGGAGUGGAAUACUAGCAUUUUUUUUUUUUUUUUUUUUUUACAUAUAACGUGAAAGUGCAUUUUGCAAUUGUAAAUGUUUCUAACAGAAGGAUGAUCUUGUGGCAUACAUUUGUCAUGUUUGAAAUAGUUCUUUAACUUUGAAUCUUGUUUUGGAAAAAAAACCAAGUCAAAAUUAAAUAUUGUAGCAUUCUAAUAAGACGUUAAAAGUUGAUCGUGUGGUUUAUUUAUUUUAUUUUUAUAAAUAUUCUAUCAAUAUUUUGAAAUAGCUUUUAUUUUUAGACUUUCAAUAUUUAGUUAUUUAUAGCUUUUGCCAUUUUUUUAUAUCAGUUUUAACUUUAAUCAUCUUGAGUUAUCUCAUGUAUUUUGUCUUGUUUGUUAUUAUAAUGUUUUUAUUUAUUUUGCCAUUGUCGUUUUAAUACUUCAAAGUUUUUUAAUCAUAUUUAAGUUUCUUAUAUAAAUAUUUAUUUAUUCAGUUUCACUUCAGUCACUUUUAGCACAGUUGUAUCGAUUAUUUACAUUUAUUUUAUAUCAAUUUUAUUUCAAUUUACAAAAACAUUUUUUUAAUAGUUUUAGUGAACAACUCUGUUGUCCGAGGUCGAGCACAUUGCAUCAUGGGAUUUAAAAAAAAAUAAAAAAAAAUUUUACAUAGUGUGCUUUGUAGGAUGCUGCACAUUUUGGCAGAUGUUACCAAUGAAUCAUCCACGUAUGCCAUUUAUACUAAACAUUUGCCAGUGUGCAUACUGCAAAGCUAGUAUGGUUAGUAUGCCAUUCCAAACAUGCCCUGGGUGAAGAAGCGUACUCAGUCAGUCCACUUAAAACUGGGGAAAAAAACAUUUACCAAGGACCUCCCCCUUAACCCCGCCCACAUGACGUCCCAGCCAAUAGCUGCUCUCCAAUCUCAUGCUUAACAUCAGUAGCUGGCCAGUCAGCACAGAUCGCGGUGUCGUGCGUUUAUUUUCUCCAUGAUGUCGUAGGUGUAGGUCACAAGAGUGUUGCUUUGAGCUCAUCGCUGCGUUUCAGUGAGAUCCUCAGUCGCCGCCACAACUGUAGUCCUACUGAGAAUCGUAGUCCAUUUACAGAUUUCAAAAUGGUGCCAAAAGACGAGAGACGACGACUCGUUGCAGUAAAAGAUUCUGUUUACAAAAAAAAGAAGCUAAAACUGAAAAUAUAAUAUAAUGCUAAUAGUUUUCUCUUGAUCAGAUGACGAUUAAAAAUGUAAAAUGUAAAUAUCGAUAGUUUCUAUCAAAUUCUUUAUCAUUUCAUGAUGUAUUGUACUUCUGAAAUAUUGGGACCUGAGGCAAUUUUGUUUUUGGUAGUUUUAUUUUGUAUGGUUUUGUGUUUGCUUUCAUUUCUCAGCUGUAUGAAAUAAAGACCAUACUGUGAGGA